AUGUUCAUGAUCAUCAUUGUCCCUACUCAAGGCUCCGUUCAUGAUCUCUUGCUACUUACUACCGCUGCCACUUCUGUUCAAGUUGUUGCUGCUGCUUCCGUGAUGACAUCACAUUUGGCACCAGAUACUACUUCUAUUACUGAAAGUGAGCAACCUCCAUCUCCUUCUGAUGAAAACAGAAUUACAGAAGAGGUUGAAGCUACUUCUCCGGGCAUUCCCGAGUUACUACUACUACUACUACUCUGGUUACUGACCAAUCUCUCUUACGGUUCAAUUUUAGCCAUAUAUACUUAUGAAGAACUCAUCUCUCAUAGUAAGUUCGAUGUUUCUUCUUCCAAAGAGGUCUCAGCAUCUACACAACUACAAAGGAACAACCUUUGCGAUCUACUCUCCAAGUUGGAAGUUCAAGAUUUCUCACCUCCAACUUGA